AUGGGUAGGAACGUGGCCAAGUCUUCUAGGGGAAGAUCUCUGACCCCAAGGGGGAAGAGAACUACCGGGGGGGGUAACGAGGUGGUGGGGAACGUAGAAGAGGGCGAGAAGACGGCAAUCAGCCGGGCGGAGUCGCUCUAUUUUUCGGACGGCGAUUCGGACGGGUCUGUCUGGCUCCCGGACGUUAUGAUAGGCGGAAAGGAGCGGGGCCAAGCCCCAAAGAGGAAGGCUUCAGAGGACGUUGAAGAGGCGGAAAGGGCCUCUAACAAGCUUUCCUCCGCUUCGAGAGGCCGGGCUGCUCAACGCAGCUCCUACGCUGGUACGGCCGAAACCAAGGAGAGGCUUCGAGACCUCUCCGCGGACUACGCUCAAUUCGAGCGCGAGCUGGAAAUGGCCGGUACCAGCAAAUACCUGAGGAGCAACGAGGAGAGCAGGAAGAGGUGCCUCGUUGACGAGCACCUCGAGGUUGUAAGGGCGGCAGCCCAAAAGGUCUUGGCGGAGGCCGGAAAAGCCGGCAACUUAAAGGGGACGGCAUGGCGGGCCAUGAACGAGGCCUGCCAUGACAUAAUUGUGGCGGCCGGAAAAAUCGAGGCGCAAUGCGAGGAGUCGGAAGCUGUCCGCAUACUCAGGGCGGAUAAUAAGAGGAUGCGGGAGCAGCUUUCGCUCCUCCAGCAGGAAACGAAGGCCCUGCGCACGGCCUUUGCCGAGCGCACGUCGACGGCGCUGAACGAGGCCCAACCAGAGGCCCAACCAGCGGUGGGUGCCCCCUCGCUGGAGGACAUUAGGGGACUCCUUUCUGAAUGGAAGGAGUCCUUUGAAAGGAACAUGUUCCUCAAGUUGGGGGGCAUGGUUAAUGACCGCCUCAAGGAGGCCGAGAAAAGGGGCUUCUUGGCCCCUGAACCGAUUAUCCGGCCGCCUCUGGCAGCCGACAAGAAAAAGGAGGCUGAAAAGGAGGCUGAACCGUCGGUCCCAAAAACUGGGAAAAGCUAUGCCGGUGCAGUUGCGGAGGCUACUCUAAUGCCCCCGGCACGUCCUGGGCCUGCACCCAAGGCAACACCAGGUAAAAAGCAGCCCCAACAGGUGAUGGUGCAGGCCCAGACACCUACUGGGCAACCUACUGAAGUACCUCCGCCUCAGGAAGGUGAACAAGGGUGGGCUGAGGUGGUCAAGAGGGGGAAAAAGAAGAGGAGCAAACCCUCCCCCUCUGCCCAGCCGGCGCCCACCCAAACGGAGGCCCCCAAGGCGAGCGCACAGCCGCCUAAAAAGAUUAGGUUCACCCCACCUAAGACCUCGGCGGUGGUGGUGACUCUCAAGCCGGAAUCCAAAAUGGAUUACCGAUCGGUGAUAACGAAGGCCACCACCAUCGACCUUUCGUCGAUAGGGGUGAACCACGUGUCGGCGGUUCGUGGCACGGCAACGGGGGCCCGAAUUAUCGAAAUACCCGGAGCUAAUAGCGGGGCUGCGGCGGACAGUCUCGCAGAAAAGCUCCGGGAGAUCAUCGGUAGCGAGGCGGAGGUGAAGAGGCCGUUUAAGGCGGCACAAAUCAGGGUCUCCGGCCUUAAUGAGGGAAUAACGCCGGAGGCCCUAACUGAGGCCACAGCGAGGGCGGGAAAAUGUCUACCGGGACAGGUCAGGGUGGGUAAUAUCCGUAUGGCGCCGGACAUGACGGCGUCGGUGAUCAUCACCUGCCCUGUGGCGGCUGCCAACGCCCUCAUAGACGAGGGGCGUCUCCUCGUUGGUUGGACGGCCGCCAAGGUCAGGGGGCUGGAGGCCUUGCCCAUGCGGUGUUUCCGGUGCAUGGGCAUAGGCCACACCAGAGCCCUCUGCCCGUCCCCGGUGGACAGGUCGGAGCUGUGCCAUCGCUGUGGCAAAACAGGGCACAUGUCUGCAGAGUGUGGGGCCAGCGAACCCUGGUGCGCGGUGUGUUACGCGCACAAGAUGGUCGCCAAGCACAUAAUGGGCGGCCCCUCGUGCAAUCCCCCGCGCACGCGGGGCAAACUGGCCCCCGCAAAUAAGGGAGCCUCCGUGGGCGCCGCGAUGGAGCACUAA